AGCCACCAUUGCAGUCGGCGCGGCAUUCACCGGCAAACACGAAAAAGUAUAAUCAACUGGGUGUAUUUGCACUGGAUAAUCAGCGACCAAUGUACAGUGGACUUGGCUAUGUUUAUCUUUUCAGAUUUAGUGCUUAUAGAGCUCCCGAUAUCCUUAUGACCCUUGGAGCUUAGCUCCAUACCUUUCUAUCUAUUUUAAUAUUGGGAAUUGGGAAUCAUUGUCCGUCUGUCUAUUCCAGUAUUCGACUAGGUCGUAUUUGAAAUAAGACUUAAAAGAUUUGUUUUCGAAACUAGUUAGAGACAAUUUUGAACCACUGUACUCCAUACAGCAAACAGGAAAUCGAGGGAUGGCGGAAAAGCGGCCAUGGGAUACAUUCGAGUCGAGAGCCGGUCGAGCAGUGGCAGGGGUGAACUUUUGGAUAGUGGGCAGUAGUGGCACCGGAGGACGGUGGUCGCUCCUGAUGAUUUUCGUGACCGAGUGCAGUUAAAUUGUUGACGACAAACCCGUAGAGGAAGCGGUACAGCUUUACCAUUUUUCGGAUUCGUAUGCUGCCACUUCAGGUCGCCCAAAGUGGACGACCCUCAUACAUUGAAGUCUGUUCGGCGUUCUGACAUUUAAAUGUGGCAUUUGAACGUUUCAGGACCCGGAGUUUUCCAUUCGACGAUUCAAUUCCAAAACUGGCAAGACAAUUGAUAUAUGCCUGGGUGUGGCAGAAUAAUAGCUGUAUAAAAAACGGAGUGUGCCAGAUUUAAUACGGAUCCCACACCAAUGGUUUCAAUUACCGAGCUCCACCCUGAUUUUCCGCAGUUCUGAAUGUAUGGAUCCCUGGAUCCCCACCUUGUGGACUGCAAUUUUCCCGCUCCCUGGCUAGCUUUGGCCACUUAAUGACCAUCCAGUGGCCACUGGCCAGUGGCUAGUGACCAGUUGGCAGUGAAUGGCACACAGGCUGACUCACGCGGAGCAACCGAACUUAACAAGCUGUUUGUCAACACCAGCACAUUUUUUGUACCGCCGGAUAUCCUAGAUUAUCCUACAAGCACGGACAUGGUCGUUCGCGAGGGCAGUAACGUGACGCUCAAAUGCGCUGCUACCGGUUCACCAGAGCCGACAAUUACAUGGCGACGUGAAAGUGGAGUGCCCAUCGAGCUGGCCAGCGGAGAGGAGGUCCCCAGUAUUGAGGGAACAGACCUGGUAAUACCAAAUGUCAAACGUCAACAUAUGGGCGCUUACCUCUGCAUAGCCUCCAAUGGAGUUCCACCCUCGGUGAGCAAACGGAUAACCCUCGUAGUGCACUUUCCACCGAUGAUCACUGUCCAAAAUCAGUUAAUAGGAGCUGUCGAGGGAAAAGGCGUUACUCUGGAAUGCGAAUCAGAGGCCUAUCCCAAGUCCAUCAACUACUGGACCCGGGAACGAGGAGAGAUAGUGCCGCCAGGUGGGAAAUACACGGCCAAUGUUACGGAAAUUGGGGGCUAUCGCAAUGCAAUGCGACUCCACAUCAAUCCCCUGUCUCAGUCGGAAUUCGGGGCCUAUCGAUGUGUGGCGAAGAACUCCCUCGGUGAUACCGAUGGCACCAUCAAGCUAUAUAGAAUACCGCCAAACGCUGUGAAUUAUGUGGAAAACUUCGAGGUGCGACACAAAGGCAAAAAGCGGACGAAAAGCUCCGAGUCGUAUCAUCCGGCCAGGGCCCAGGAGCACAGUGGCGAGGACAUGGAGAACCCCGGUAAGAGAAAAGCCGAUUUGAGCCUCAGUGCGGAGGGCAUCGACGGCAUUUACGGAUCCUCGGCCGCUCCGACCAGGCUGCAGCCACAUCAGCAUUUGGUCUUCAAGGGACUGCUUUUGGCAGUGGCCGUGUCCGUGGCGGUGGCGGGAAUGAUGCGGAACACCCGGAUGACACAGCUGCCACAAACACUGACGCAUGUUUGACACAGACGCCAUGUAGACACGAAGGACAUGGAGUUGUCCCUGGAUCUCGGCUGGGCUGAGUUGUAGUCCGUGGAAGUGGCAGCGCGACGACGAUUGAGUUUGUCAAUGCCAAACGUUAGUGGGUGCUGAUUUAUGGCUCGUUGUGGCUGCUUUUAGUUAAAGUCUGCCAACGCGGCAUUACAUAUAUCAUCGCCUUCUCGACGGAGUGCGGUCCGCAUCUGUAGUUAGUAAGUAAACAGGCUUCCUUUUCCCCAAUCCCACUUUCCUACUCCCAAGAAUCAAUCGAGUUUAGGUUCGAGUUUAUGCCAGCAUAUAUUUUGUAAAAAUCACAGGGUGCAAGUCGAUUGCAUAAAAUGUAUAUAGAAGCUCUGCACGAUUUUUGAGGCUCUCCUGCCGGUUAAGAAGGAGAUACUACCCCGUUGUGUAUUAUAUUGUAUAAACCUGAUGUGAGAGACUGGAUCUGUGCAAAUUAAAGUUUAAUUGCCGAUUAAUUGAGAGCUAGAGUGUAUAGUUUUCGUCAGGGCUAACGUUUAGCUAUUAAGGAAAGAGGAAAGGUCAAGAGCAAUUAACCUUUUGGGGGCAGAUGUUGUGGGCAGCAGAUAAAUAUCACACAUAUUCCACAGAUUAUGGCUACAAUCGGAAAUAUUUAUAGACAAAAAAAGUAAAUCUUCGCCAAAUGCUCAGCAAUGUGCUUUGUCAAAAAAUAUAUUAUAUAUUUAAGGCUGUAUACGAAUGAUCCGAAUUAAAAUCAGCCAUAAUAAUGCUCAAUCGGUUUUCUUAAUCCCGCUUCAUUGCUCCCGAAGUUAUUGGAACUACCUUUAGGCGUUCAACCAUAUAUGGAUCGUAUAUAAAAAAAAAUGUUAUAAAAACAACGCAUACAUAUCAUUUACAUAAUUAAUAAAAUUAAAAAUAAAAUGGAAGAAAAAAUUGGGUACUUGGUUGCGGAUUAAAAUAAAAACUAAAUUAUAUUGAUUCAGAGGCCAAAACAAAUUUGGAAUAAUUAAUUGGAGGUUCUAGCAGAGAGAUUAAACAAUAUUUUUAGCCUCUUACAUUUCCUGUGCAUUUCCUUAAAUAACUGUUAAUGUUGUUAUGGACUAAACAUCAGAUCCGACUUCCAAACCAAGAAAAAUUAAAAUUAAAGAAAUGUAAACUAUUUAGUUGCGUUUUUCCUUCUUUUGCUAAAAUGGGCUAGAUCACAAGAUCUUGCCAUCCAAUGAAGCAAAAAUGCUCCAAUAUAAUUGAAGUUGUUAAAUUAUAAAAAUGUAUAGGUAAAGUUAUACCUAUUGCUAUUAUUAUGAGCAUAAAUAUACCAUAAAUACACCUAUAAAGUAUAUAUAAAUAUGUAAUAUAUAAAUGUAAACGCAACUUGGAUAAAGUUACAUGUAAUUAUAAAAUAAAUAAAAAACUGAUA